UUGUUGUUGUAGUAGUUUAAGGAGGCAUUAGUCCGCCCGAUGGAGCACAGAGGAGCGGAACCACCGAGCACAGCAUGCAAAGUGUUCACGUUUAAAGACAAGACGAGUCCAGCUUCUCUCUCUGUCUCCAUCCCAGAGGUCCUGCACCCACACUAUGGGAUGUACGUGUGGCCCUGUGCGGUGGUGCUGGCUCAGUACCUGUGGACGCAUCGAGAGGCGCUCGGAGGCCAAGCGGUGUUGGAGCUUGGCGCCGGUGUGAGUCUGCCGGGCGUGGUGGCCGCCAGGUGCGGAGCGAAGGUGAUCCUGUCGGACGGCGCCGCGGCCUCGCUGUGUCUGGAGAACUGCAGGCGGAGCUGUGAGGCCAACGGCCUCCUCCGGGCCGUGGGCGUGGUCUCACUCACCUGGGGGGAGGUCUCGCCUGAGCUCCUUCUGCUGCCCAGGCUGGACGUCAUCUUGGGGUCGGACGUCUUCUACGAACCUCGGGACUUCCAAGACGUCCUCCUGACGGCUGCUGUCCUUCUGAGGAGAAACCCCGGAGCUCAGUUCUGGACCACGUAUCAGGAGAGGAGCGCUGACUGGUCCAUCGAGGCGCUGCUGCACCGGUGGAAGCUGAACUGUGUCGACGUUCCGCUGGAAGCCUUCGAUGCAGAUGAAGCUGAGCUGGCUGGGUCGACUCUACCGGGAAACCACAGCGUCAUCAUGAUGAUCAUCACCAUGGAGACGGAGGACGCGGUCCCCUGACAGCUGAUCCUCGGUGUCCUGGUGGUGAUCGUCACCAUGGCAACGGAGGACAAAAACCUGUGACACAAGUUGAGUGGAUGUAAAGAAUGCGUUUUCUGUCUGUUAAAGAUUAAUGAAAUAUUCACAGUAGAAAAGGUUUUGAAGGCCGAGGUACCGAGAAGCUGCUUUGAACCUUCAACCAAAAUAUAUUUGAGUCAACAGAUAAAUCAACUAUUGAACCAUUGACUUAUGCUUGUUGUUUGAUGUUUAGACCAAUCGAUUAGUUGCUUGAAAUAAAUAAAAACAGGAUAUCAAGCAGAA